AGUCAGCCUCUAGAAGUCGAUCGUGAUCGGUGGCUUAAGCUUAACUCCAGCGCUCAGCACUCUCAGUUGUGCCCCACACACACACAUCUCUCUACACACAAUAAAAGUCUCCAAACUCCACGCACACACACACACACACAGCACACCACACACACAUAGACACACACUCGCACAUUCAGUCCUCCCCAGUGCCUGCAGCCCGAAAAUAAAUCAAAUAAAAUCGUCGUGAAUUUUUUGUUCGUUUCGCGCGUUUUCAAAUUCGAAUCAAGCUUUUUUUUCCAAGUUUUUUAAAAUAUUCCCACACACACAUACAAAAUGAAGUACUUCAACAUCUGCCUGCUUUUCAUUAUCUGCGCACUGUGCUACGGCCUGGUUGCCGCCCAGGAGGAGGGUGCUGGCAACGUUUCGCCGGCAAAGAGAAUCGCUGCACUGCGUCGCCCCGUGGGCAAGGCGGCUAAGCCAACGACAACGACAACAGCGGCGCCGGCCAACGACGAUGGCGCCGAGGAGGAUGAUUACAAUGAGGAGGGUGCCGGCGGCGCUGGCAGCCAGUACGGCGAUGAGCAGGAGGAGAGCGGCCCCAGCUCCACGACCACCACAACGGAGCCGCCCAAAAAGGUUGGCCCCGUCAUCCGUCCCUUCCGCUCCAACGAUGAUUUCCUCAAUUCGCUGAAGCGCCGCCAGCAGAACGCCAAGAAGCAUCGCAACGAGAAGCCGGCGGCCAGCAAGCCAGCUGCCAAGAAGACCGAGGAGGAGCCCGCUGACCAUGAUGAGGCUGCCAGCGCCCAGGCACCGGCACCGGCUGCACCCGCCGCUGGCCACGCCAAGGGCGGCUACAAGAGCAAUUCGGCACUCAAUCGUCGCAAGCCGUCGAAGCCAGUGAAGGCGGAGCCGGAGGUGGACACCGCUGCCGAGGAAUCGGAGCAGCAGCAGAAGGAAGAGGAGCCCAAGCUCAAGCGUCCGCUCAGCAGUCGCCUGGCCUUGAGGAAACGCAAUUAAGCUAACUUACAUGCAUACAUCUACACACUUUUUUAAGGCACUGUAGCUUAACAGUUAUGUUACACACUGUUCCACUCCCUCCGUUUCUCGCUCUCUCCCUUUGCCUUUCGCUCACAUGCAUGACUAGCCCAAGGACAGCUCAAGCUUGGCCUGCUAGCAUGCAUACAUGCAUACAUACAAUUAAUAUACAUACAUAAUCAGCUGACACACACACACACACACACACACACGCACACACUGUCUCUCUCACACUCAUUGCUAGCUAAGGGCAGCUCAAGCUCUGCCUGUUUAGUUUUUAGUACAUUUU